CUCUUUUCAACUCUAAAUUCUUUUUCAACUCGAACAAAGAAAUCACAAAAUGGCUUGCCCUUGUACACAAAACGAUAGUUGCACCUGCCAAACCAGCAACCAAUGCAAGUGUGGUAAGGACUGUCAAUGCAAAGACUGCAAGGCCAUGCAUAAGCAAACAUGCGCUUGCAAAGGCACCGGUCAAGGCUGCUCCUGCCAAGACGAGUGCAACUGCUACUAAAGAAGAAAAACUGAUGAUCAAACGUUGCACAUUUGUAUCACAAUUUUGCGGAGCCCUUUUCUUUUUGUACAUAACACCCGCGAUGAAAUAAAACAAUUCUGCGAUUCGUACCAUAAUAAGAGAAAAUAG